AUGUGUCUUCUAGGAGAGCGGGAAGGGAUAAGCCCACCUGUCUCCAGCCCACCUGCCUCCAGCCCACCUGUCUCCAGCCCACCUGUCUCCAGCCCACCUGCCUCCAGCCCACCUGUCUCCAGCCCACCUGUCUCCAGCCCACCUGUCUCCAGCCCACCUGUCUCCAGCCCACCUGUCUCUAGCCCACCUGUCUCCAGCCCACCUGUCUCCAGCCCACCUGUCUCCAGCCCACCUGCCUCCAGCCCACCUGCCUCCAGCCCACCUGUCUCCAGCCCACCUGCCUCCAGCCCACCUGCCUCCAGCCCACCUGCCUCCAGAACACCUAACUCCUCUCCAGCUCGCCUCUCACCCACCUCGCCUCCCUCCCACCUACCACAUGUCCACCUUUCUCCUCUCCACCUCGCCUCCAGUCCACCUGCCUCCUCUCCACCUCGCCUCCCUCCCACCUACCACAUGUCCACCUUCCUCCUCUCCACCUUGCCUCCAGUCCACCUACCCCCUCACUCCUCCCAGCUACCACCUCCUCCUCUCCACCUUGCCUCCAGUCCACCUACCCCCUCACCAGCUACCUCUUCUCCACCUCGCCUCUCGUCCACCUACCUCAUCUACUUCCUCUCCACCUCCCCUCCCUCCCACCUACCUCCUCUCAACCUACCUCAUCUCCACCUCGCCUAA